UGGUACUAACAGAACACAAACGUCUCCUGUGAAAACGUCAAUGCUUUGUUGAAGUUUUUUUUUUUCGAGUCGAAGAACGCAAUUUUGAUGUCGUCGAUGCUAUGAUUGAUUAUCAUACGUGUUCGUUGUUAUCAGUGAAUUAGAUUAGAUGGACAAUACACAAGAUCUUUGUAAUAUUGAGGGAGAUGAUGAAGACGAAGGAGAAGGAAGGAACGAUGAUUCAUGUUGCAUUUCUUCAACAUCGUACCGAUUGUUCGGUAGGCAAAUGUCAAUUCAUCAAAUGAUGGGCGGAGGUAAAGCUGCUGAUGUUAUAUUGUGGAAGCGGCAGCAUGUUUCAUGUGGAAUCGUGGUUGUUGCUACUAUUGCAUGGAUCCUUUUUGAGCAGUCAGGAUUAUCAUUUUUAUUGAUUUGUUCGGAUGUUUUGUUGAUCUUGGUUGUACUGCUGUUUCUUCGGGCCAACUAUGCUGUCUUCAGAAAGAAACAUCUCCGGACAUUACCUGAGCUAGUCUUGUCCGAAGAAAUGGUUAUUAAUGCAGCUGCAUCAUUUCGAGUCAAGAUCAAUUAUGUGCUGCUUUUGGCUCAUGAUAUAACCCUGGGCAGAGAUUUUAGACUUUUCUUUAAGGUGGUGAUCUGUCUAUGGCUCUUGUCCGUAAUUGGAAGCGUAAUCUCAUCUUUUACACUUGUAUAUAUCGGUAUGCAUAUUCAUUCCCAUCUGAGUCCUACAGUUGAACAUUUUGUCUUCAAUUUUUGUUUACUUUCAUCAUGCUUCAACUCCUCUCAUUUGUUUCAUUACAAGCAAGCUCAUGUUGCAUACAUGGCUUUGUCUUCUACUACCAUGAUGAGACGGUGAAUGAGCCUUCAGGUA